CUCUCCACCGCGCCGGCCCGCGAGGCCAAUACAAGAAUGCCCGGAAAGUUUAAGUUCACGCUAGCUAACCCCGAUAAGUUCAAUCAGGAGGCAUACCUGGCUGCUGUCCACGGGACACGCAAGCUGAAGCCCCCUUCGGACGUGUACGUGGGCUAUGGCCCUGAGGACAUGGGCAGCGCUAUGAUGAUCCGGGUACAGUCCCGGCAGGAGUGGAACCUGGUCCUUCCCACCGACCCAAACAAGUACACGCUGGAGUGCGGCUUCACGUACGGCAUUACCAGCCGCAAGGCCAUCUGGGAGUACGUCAAGCCGGUGCUGUUGGCGGUGUGCGCCAGCUGUCCCUACGCCUUCGAGCUGUACUGGGAGGACGCUGACGGUGGGGACGUGGUGGAGGUGGGCCGCUUCGAUGCCAUCACCAAGUCCAUCAUCGUAUCGCACCGUGGCGUGCCCUCCGCCGCCGAGUUCGAACAGGAGGCCGCGGCGCAAGCCAAGGCACAGCAGCAGAAGCAGCAGCAGGCGGCACACCAGCACCAGCAGCAACAACAGCAGCACAUACAGGCGAUGCAACAGGCGGCCAACGGUGGGCCGCAUGCAAGCCGCCGCUAGCAGGCCAUCGCCUCAGCAGCAGACGCUGCCGCCCAACCCGCAGCUGCAAGCGAAUGUCCUGAUGCAGCAGCAGUUGAUGAUGAUGCAGGCAGCUGGGAUGGGGCAAGUGCAGCCCGGCAUGGCGCUGCCCGGGUCAGCGGGCGCGCCCAUGCAAAAGCAGCGAGGGCCGCCCAUGCCGGGAGGCAUGCCCAUGCCCGGCGUUAUGCCGAUGCAGGGUGGAUUGCGGAUGCAGAUGCCCAUGGGCAUGCCCAUGCAGAUGGCCGUGCAUGUGCAGAGGCAAGCACCAGUGGAGUCGAAGCCGGCAGCUGGCGCUGGCGGCGGUGGGUCAGGCGGCAACAAGCUGACUGGGUUCAUGACAGCAAUGGCGAAUGCUGUCACGGGGGGCGGCAGCAAGACGGCAGGCGCGGCAGCACAGCCACAAGCUCAGCCACUGCAGCCCCCGGGUGCCCAACGGGUGCCCUCAGGGAUGGGGCCGGCGCCAGGAGGCGCAUGGGGACCAGGCCCAGCAGCACCGAGCCCACAGCGGCCCAUGCAAAUGCCCAUGCAGAUGCCGGGGCAGAUGCCAGGGGCCGCGGGGCGAGGCAUGCCUAUGCCGGGUUCCGCGAUGAUGGGCCCCAAUGCAGGGCGAGGUGCGCCAGGUAUGGGGCCGGGAAUGCAACCCGGAGGCGUCAUGCCGGCAGGUAUGCGCACCAUGCCUGUGGCUGCGCCGGGUCGAGGAAAGUAGGGCUCGAGCUCUUGGAGUGGUGCUGACAAGGCUGUGCAGUGUUAUGCCUGAUGGGGCGCGCGAGUGGUGUGCCCGGCCGGUGGCUGUUUGCUUUGUUGUCUUGCAGCGGUUUCAGGGCAUUAUCUUACCUAUGAUGUUCGGGAGUAGCUUCUUAUUUAUUGUGACAAACGUGCAUGUUACACAUAUUAGUCGGGAAAUGCAGGGUAGCACAAGAUGCUAUAAUGCCGUGCCUGGGUUCAGAUGUGUGCGGCCAGGUGCGGCACACCUGUUUCAGCAUGCAGGCUCCUGUAUCUGCAGACUGCAAAUUUCCAGCCCAUGUUAUCAACCUGGUAGUGCUGCUCUAUAUUUGCGUUUUGUAACAUCAGCCGCAU